AUGGAGAAAUUCAGCGAACAUUGUCGAUUUACGAUUUCUUCAUGCAGAAAUGCUACGUAUAGAAUAAUAAAUAAUGUAUUAUUCCACGCUUGGGACUUUAAUAUUAUUACAUUUAGCACUCAAUUUUUCUUUGAAGAAAUUCCACUGGAACUACGGCCUCUUCGUUUAUCCGCAGUGGGUUUCGGUAGAAAACUUCUGAAUUUAAGCACAGCACUGUUUGGAAUCCCGGAGAAUUUUGCAAAAACCGGACAUUCCAAUAACUGGGCAGUAUUGGUAGAUACUUCGCGUUUUUGGUUCAACUAUCGCCAUGUUGCCAACGUACUUUCCAUUUACCGCAGCGUUAAAAGAUUAGGAAUUCCUGAUUCUCAAAUAAUUUUAAUGAUAGCCGAUGAUAUGGCUUGUAAUCCAAGAAAUCCAAGACCAGCAACAGUAUUCAACAAUAUUAAACAGCACAUAAAUGUUUAUGGAGAUGAUGUUGAAGUAGACUAUAGAGGUUAUGAGGUAACAGUUGAAAAUUUUGUGAGGCUCAUAACCGGUCGUUUACCACCUGAAACACCCAGAUCUAAAAAGCUACUCACUGAUGAGGGUUCAAAUAUCCUAAUUUACUUGACGGGUCACGGAGGGAACGGUUUCUUAAAGUUCCAAGACUCAGAAGAAAUAACUAGUCAAGAAUUAAGCGAUGCAUUAGAGCAGAUGUGGCAAAAGCGGAGAUACCAUGAAAUUUUAUUUGUUGUCGACACAUGUCAAGCAAGCUCUAUGUACGAGAAGUUUUAUUCGCCAAAUAUUUUGGCUGUUGCUUCGAGUUUAGUAGGAGAAGAUUCGUUGUCUCAUCAUGUGGAUCCUGCCAUUGGAGUUUAUAUUAUCGAUAGAUACACUUACUAUGCCCUGGAUUUCCUCGAAAGAGUUGAAACAUCUAAUUCGAAGAUGAUAAGUGAAUUCCUGAAAGUUUGUCCCAAACAUUACUGUCUCUCUACUGUGGGUGUAAGGACGGAUCUGUUUAGAAGAGAUCCUACAGUUGUGCCUGUCUCUGACUUUUUUGGAUCAUUGAGGCCAGUGGAAAUAACUAAUGGUAUAGUCACUGUCCCACCUGAGAAAUCGAAAAAUAUAAUUGAACCAGAGGCUAAUGAAAAAUCUACAUAUAAACGGCAGUUUCCAGACUUAUCAGUAUUUCUAGAGAGUUAAUAGAGUUUCAUCCGUUUUUACACUUUAAAUAAAGAUCAUUAAAUGCGAUUA